AGAUAAAAUUAUGUAAGGUUAAAAGUUGACCUAUAUAUUGUUACGUCAUAAUGGAGAAGACAAUAAUGGAAUUUCGGCGUCGGCAAAGCAGGCAGAUGCGGUUUGAAGAGGCGUUAAAAUUUGGGGUAAAUGAAGCGUCUCGGCGGCAUUCGGAGGCUCAGAAUCCCGGCGGAAAUUUCUACUUGCCCCCGAUCUUGGCAAAACGUAACGGUUUUAUCCAAACAUCGAAAACAAGAGCGAAAAGCAUCGCGGUUAUGAAGAUGCCGUACUAUGACUCAACAAUGGAGCAUUUUUCUGCGGAAAAGACAACUAAACUGCCGAAUAUCCAACAAAGAGACCGAAAACCAUCAAUUAAGAAUGGAAACCAUUGGAACUUCCCAUUACGUAGGGUGAGUCGGCAUAAUAAUCGUAUCAUCGUGGAACACCUACGUCAUAAAUUGCUGCGUCAGCAUGAACGUCGAAUAAGCCGUGCAUACGAAGAAGAAAUAAAAGCAGGGUCGCCAUCGCAAGGCAGUAUCGUCAGCACUGAUAGCUUUGAUGAAGAAGCAGUCCAGUUUCUAAAGACGUAUCGGCCAAGAAUGCUAUCUAUAUCUACUCUGAAUAUGAGUUCUCGUGCGACGUCCGUGGUAGCUGCCGAGAGCAUUAUCUUGGGAAGUUCGCGUGGCUCGUCACCGCAUUUCCCGCCAGUACAGACGACGAAAUAUGACGAAAAGGCACAAGAGGAGGUCAUUAAAGAGAACGUAAAGUCUCCGUUUCAAAGCCGACCGUCAAUAUGCGUCAGUUCGGAAACCGGUUUCACUGAUUGGAUAGCAGUUGAUGACGCAAACAAUGACGUCAGACCAGAUCAUGACGUACCACGUCAUGAUGAAAAUGUGACGUCACUUUUCCAGCGAAGCAUGACUGAUUCUGAACGUAGCGUUGCUAUGCUAAUACGAAAAGUUCGUCGCAGCUCCGUUCUAUCAGAGACAUCCAAGUUACCUCUUGUUACUGAACCUGUCAAUCAUGAUGAUGUCAUCAACCCACCCGUCAAUCAUGAUGAUGUCAUCAACCCACCUGUCAAUCAAACCCAUAUCAAUUUACCAAGUGAUAGCAUACACAGGGAACAGCCUAUAGUAGAGGAUAAAGUUAUUAAAGGGAAUUUGGCAUCACAUCAAGAGACUGUUGGUAGAGAUGAAGAAACACUGUUCGCUGAUUGGAAAACUGCCACCAAUUCAGCUUUAACCUCACGCAGAGGAAGCUUUCUUUCUGAUGGUGGAAAUCAACCUGAUGAUGUCACAAUAGCCCCAUUAUCUCGUCAGAAUACUUUCAUGACAGACUCAGGAGGAACUUCUCCAUUACCAAUGAGCAAUGAAGAGGAGACAAAAGAUGCUCCCACUCCUGCUCUUGCUCUCUCUCCUGCUCCCACUCCUGCUCACGAGGAGAGGGAAGAGGAGGAUUUAGAUCCAAAACUCCGAGAGCAGCAGAUGCUUGAGAUUUAUUUAGGAAACGUAUUGUUCCCAUGUCCUAAGCUAAGACGCAAGGUCUUCAUAUACUUAAGUUCAUCAGGUGUUGACACCAACGUUGAAAGGCGAACAUUAUCGCGAACACUUCUUCUUAAACUGCGACAAUUUUGCCGUGAACGACAAUUAACCUUUGACCUUAUUGACCCACAAGCUUGUACUGACAUUCUAUCUGUUUCACCACUCUAUGACAUCAUAAAGGAAAGUGAAUCUUCUAUGAUGGAACAAAGGAUGGAAUUGUUGAAGGCUUGUUAUAGGGACAGUGUUGGACCUGCUUUUAUGUGUUUUGUUGGCAACACGAUGGAAAGUCCACCAGCCCUCCCCACCUUUCUAUCAGAGGUUGAUUAUGACAUCAUAAUCAAACAAAUAGAAGAAGAAGUGAAUGAAGCCGAGAUUCAAUUGUUACAAGUUGAUAUUUCCUCUAUGACAUCACAAGAAGGCACUACCAGUGAAAAUGAUGGUAGUUCUGCUGGUAAAGUAAAGAAAUCAUCUUAUACAUCAAGUGUAAAGUCAGGUUCUACGGUAACAUUUGACAUAGAGAGAGAACUUGCUGUUUCUGAUGCUCGUGAAAAGUUGCGCCAGAUAAAUGAGCAAAUGAAACUGUUCAAGGAAUGGUAUAUGUUGGACACUAAUACAUUGCCAAGUUUUUACAAGUUAAAACCUUUGAGCAUUGAAUACAAAUCUCUAAGUUCGGGUAUUUCUCUCACAACCUUGCGUGAUGUUGAAAAAAGAAGAAGGGAAAAACAACAAUGGCGACAAGUGUAUGGUAGAUUGCUUGAUGUUAUUAACAAGGGAGGGAGUGAAGCUGUGGUGGAGGAACAGCUGCGGGGAGCUGUUGAAACUGAACUGCGUUAUGUUCUUUCCCUUCCUGUCUUGCGAUCCAGUGAUUCAACUUUCUGGUUUCAGCGAAAAAUCAUUGAUUACCAUGACAACCUAGAUUCAAGCAUGAUUCAGCAUUUUAUUCCUGUUAAACCAAUGACUAAUCAAAUUGAUGAUAACUCGGCAACAAAAGUUGGAAAAAUAAACGAAGAAUUUAAAGAAAAGAUCGGACACACUAACAUACGUAGCUACCCGUUACCAUGGCAACACGUGAAACAUGCGUAUGGGUCACAUGAUAAAACGGAGGAACGUGAGUGGUCACUUUACUCGGAGAGGUUAAGAUUGGAUUUCUAUAACGUUUGCACAAUGCAGAUCAGGAAUGCAGUGGAAAAACUUCAAAUACAGUCACGAAAAUUUCACGAGGAAGAGGUCCAUGAACAUGUGAGUGUUUUACAAAGAUUGUCACGUGAUUUUAUUGGGAAAGAUGAUGUCUUGAAAAACAUCAAAAGAUACAUACGCUCACGGAAAAACAGGCUUCCAUACAUAGUAUAUGGAAACAGUGGUUCUGGUAAGACAUCAGUGCUUUCCAAAGCAGCCUCAUUAUCAAGUGUGUGGUUAAGUGAUAGACAAGAUAUAUUGGAUUCUUCAUCCAAUGCUGUAAAAGUAGUUUUCAGGAGCGUUGGAGCUACCGGCAACUCCUUGCACCCCCAUUUAUUCCUAGUCAGCCUGUGUGCUCAGCUGAGGACAAUUUUCGCCGAAAAAGAGUCCAAAGAGUUAAAUGAAGACCUGAAUCUUGACUCUUCUUUUGAAUUUGCGAAAAUCUUUAAUCUAGAUUUCCUCUCAAUCACAAAAAAGUUUCAGAACCUCAUUAGAAGAUGUGGGAGCAAAAAAUGUCCUCUUCUGAUCUUCCUAGAUGGUUUAGAUCAACUUCUAAAUGAAGAGGGAGCUCUUAACAUGCAGUGGUUACCGGAGAAAUUACCCAAGUAUACAAAGCUUAUUGUUUCGGUCUCUGGAACUAAACCAACUGGAAACUCUGGAAAAAAAGCAAUUUCGCGCACUCCUUCAAGAGUUGCGCUAAACGAGGUAAAAGAAGUCCGGAAAAACACAGUUUUCGAAGCUCUCUGGACUCUUUAUACAAGAACAGAUAACAAGGGGCAAGAAAAUCCCAACUUUUUGUUUCUGAGUCCAAUUUCAAGCGUAAAAGAUUCUUUACAUGUUGGUAAUAGGUCUGCAACUGAACUGUCAUGUGAAAACCUCCUAAAUCAUGUUUUAAAAUCAAAAUCCAGGACUUUAACUUCGGAGCAAAUGAAGCUAGUUCUCGGAGUUUGCAAGUCAUGCCCUCUUCCACUAGGUGUCUCACUCUGCGCAGAAAUUUCGGCGAAAUGGCACUCUUUUACACCACUUAGCGUCAGCCAAGAGCAACUUUCAGAUUGUGGGGGAAAUAUCGAAAGUUUUGUUCAUUCUUAUUUCCGGAUUUUGGAAGUUACUCAUGGUCGCCCUUUAGUGGCCGCUACAGCCAGCUUUUUGUCUUCUUCUCUUCAUGGCCUCGGAAACUCGGAGCUUCAAGAUUUAUUAUCCUUCGAUAAAAACGUGGCAAAGCAAAUGACCGACCUUGUUUCUGCAGAUCUGUCACCAGGUGGAGCUAAAGCUAAAGUGCAACCACAGACCAAAACGAAAAUAUCAAAAAUUUCGGGAAAAAAGAAAAAAGUUGCUCCGAAAAUUCCACCGGCCAAAGAAAUAGCUAAAACUGAGGUUCCAGAUAUAUUAUGGUUCAGAUUAAAGCAGGAUUUACGGUUCCUACUUCAAGAGUCACUCUCAGAUAAAAUAUUAACCUUGAAAUGGAAGCACGCAGUGUAUGGGAAAGUCGCUAAGUGCAGGUACAUUCCAAUGGAGGAAAAUGCGAAAUAUUACCACCACUUGAUGGCGUGUUACUUCAGCGACGAAAAUCCAACGGAAUUUUCGGAAGUCACCCAAGCGCGAAAUGAAAAUCAUUGUGACAUUGGCCAACCAUUGUCAUGGCAACCAAAAAGGCCGCAGAAUGCUGAUAAAGAAAACACAUGUGCCCCCCUCACACCUGUGUUCAAUAUAAGAAGGUUAUCAGAAGCCCCUCAUCACUUUGCACAGUGUAGGAACUUGGAUGAUAUUAAGACACAGCUGCUGUUCAACUAUGAAUGGCUGCUUACAAAGAUAAGAGCUACUUCUUAUGAGGCCUUAAUGAUGGAGAUAGGACGUGUUUUACGAGAUCAUCCGAACGAUCCUGAUGUUCGUCUUCUAUCCUCCGUGUUCCAUCUUUCUCGUCCCGUCUUAACCUCGGACCCAUGCCAACUUGCCUCGCAGCUCAUUGGUCGACUGCAUUCUGUAAUUAAAAAGGAUAAACCAAUCGCGAGGCUGGAUCCAAGAAAGUACCCGUUUUCAAGGAAACUGUUAUUUCAAUGUCGUCGUUCAUCGAUUCCUGUCCUUGUUCCAUCGGGGAGCUGUCUAGCGACACCAAGUGACGUGCUAUAUGAUCUCCAUGCUGGUCACUCUGAUGUCAUAACCGCGAUUGUUCUAACUACUGACGGACAUAAACUGUUGACUGCUUCGAAAGAUGGGACUUUAAAAGCAUGGGAUUUAUUCACAGGUCGAGUAGUGAACACAUUACACGAUGUAGGAUCUAAUGUGACAUCAUUAUGCGUAUGUAUGAACAACAAUUAUGUGGUAGCAAUGGACAGUUAUAAAAAGAUAAAAGUUUGGUGUCUGCGAACAUCUUCAUGCAUCUUAUGCAUGCAAGAUACUGGGGAGGGAGUAGUUACAUCAUCAGCUGGAGAUAUGCAAGCUUUAUUUGUUCUUAUAAGUAAUUCUAACAAACUUAUGAAGGUUUGGGACCUGGACAAAAUUCGUUUCUUACACAAGAUUGACAUUAGUCCUAAUUUUGAAUUACAAACCGACCAAUCGGUUCUCUGCGCUCGUAACUCACGAGCGAACAACGUUUUGUUUUCAUUCCAAUCAACAAAUGAGGCUUAUGUUUAUAAUGUGAAGAGAGCAAAGCACUUGAACACAAUCAAGUUACAGACUGAUCACGAAAAUGCUUCAAUCACGCAAGUAGAGGUAUCACGUGAAUAUUAUGUGAUAGCAUGUAUGAGACAGUACAUGACGCUCCAUGAGAUAGUCACCUUUGAACUGUAUGAUGCAAUCAAUUAUGGCCACGUUAGGACUAUCAAGGCAUGCCCAGAAGAUGGAGUGUUUGGUAUCUUUCUGAAUCGUUUAGGCUCCCAUAUUAUUGCAUUAUGUAAAGGACAUACAGGGACAGAAGUUUGUGUAUGGAAUGUAGAGACUGGAAAUCACCAACAUGUAGCAUUUGAAAACGCACAUUCUACAUGUGGCGCAUGUGUAGACCUCCAGUAUUGCCUAACAAGCCACCCAUCAGAAACCACCAUAAGAGUCCACAAUCUCACAACUCGUAUAGAUGAUAGACCAGCAAGGCAAUCUACGCAUAAUAAGUCACAAGGAAUUGGCGAGUUCUACCCAAUAACACAUAACAGCAGAUAUGUCGUCGCUCGUGGCUCAGACAACGGUCCAAUCACUGUAUGGAAUAUCACACGAGGGCAGUGCAGAGGUGAAGCAGUGAGUAUCGAGAGGGGACUGCAGGAGAAGAAUGAUGUCAUGGUUGUCAAGGAUACGAGGGUCGUCAUCUUAUCAGAUCGUGGGAUGUCUUCAAUGGAGCACGGAUCAGAGCAGAUUUUCAAGACUAUCUACAUUUAUGAUUUACAAACGAAGAAAUAUGUUCGCAAGAUUCACCCGGUGGCAGUUAUGACGUGCCCACGCGACGAAUAUCGUAUCCUUGGCGCAGAUCGGCUGCUAGGUGUCGCCCAAGAUCGGAGCCAUUUUGUCGUGUGGAGUUUGGAAAAUGGCCAGGUUAUAAACCGGAUGAAACUGGAUUUCAGCAAGUAUGAACUGGCUGAGAACCUUGCUGAGCAAAAGAAAAAAGAAAGAAAAUGGAAAAGGAAAAAAGGCAAAUCACAUGACCAUGCUCCGAAAACUGAGCAAAUUUCUGGCGGCCUUCCCUGCCAUUUGAACUCUGAAGCAAGAAAUCGUAAAAUUGACCAAAUUCUCCUAAGUGCUGAUGAGAGUACUUUGUUGUGUUCAUUUUAUGGAUACCAUGUAGCUGUGUUUGAUAUGGAUACAAACGAACAUGUUCAUACUUUGACUAAUAAGCAUUCAUUACUGCUACUACAUCAGGCUGUUAUCACCCACCGUGGGUGCCAUCUUGUCCACACAAACUAUGAUGAAGCUACAAAGACAUCAUACCUCACUGUGUGGAACCUUAGGCAAGGGACUGUGUUGCGGAGAUUAAAGAAUGAACCUUUAUUGUGUGGGUUGGCAGUUUCUGAGAAUGCUUCGCGUGUGGUGUUCGCUACUGAAGAUAAUUUCCUCAAGAUUUGGGAACCUUUCAGAAAAGGAGGCCACCGUAAGAUACCUGGUUACGAAGGUCUUACCUUCCGUAAACCAUCGAGCCACCAGCAAUCAACAUCAGUAUACUUGAUGAGAUCCGCCACAAGAGCUGUUGUGUUUUCUAAUGAUAUAUCACUGUGGGAUCUGGAGAGAAAUUAUGUCAUGUCUCGUUUUACCCCGGAUGUACCGUUCCAGUGCUGCAGUGUUGCCAUGCAAGGUAGUUUGAUCGUUGCAGGGAUGUCCGAUUCUCCGAAUGUGGUCACGCUUCGAUUAAUGUCACAUGACCUCACUGUCAACCAAUACGGUCGCUCCGCUGUGGGCGAUAUCGGAAAAAGUGGAAUUUUCGGCGAACGAGAAGAAAAAGAUUCUGAGAGCUCGGAAGAAGACUUGUGAUGUCAUAAAAUAACUUCAAGAAAAAGGCAUUUUCAGCAAAAGAGAGAAUUAGGAAAGUUGAAGAGAUUAGAAAAAGGCAGAAAGAGAAUUAUGUGAGUUAGAAUUUUUGCAACUUGUUAUUUUAUAACGAACAGUAUAGUUAAGACUCAACAAACAGGGUUUUAAAACAUGUUUAUUGAGAUACUGUAUGAGCUACAAUACAAAUCAUGCAGUGUAUGAUAUAGUAAGUUUGGGGAAGAUAGGACAUUUUUAUUCCAUUUUCUCAUCCCAUUUGGUAGUAAACAAAGAACUUUCAAAGAAUUAUAAAACUAUAACCUCACGACACCCAUAGACCGUUGUUAAUUGUUUAAAACCCAAUCAGAAUAUUUGGAUAUUAUGUGCUAAAGGUGUCCCGUCUUCCCCCACCUUACUAUAUCACACGUAACCAUUACAUGUGGAUGAAGAUGUAAUUUUAACAGUGUCAUAAUUUGACCAAUUUAAAAUUAGGUUUUAUUGUAAUAGCAACAUAGGUUUUAAACCUUUAAAUCAUACUUGUCAAAACUGAGUACUUUACAUAUUAUACAAACUAUACGUAAUAUACCUAUAAACAUAUAAGCUCUUAUGAAAAUAGCAAAUCGGCAGCAAAAUGGCACAAAGGGAGCAAUUGCAACAGCAAAAAUCACGGUAAAGCAGAAAACACAAGUUUUUAAAAAUCAUUUUUAAAUUCACAGUAAAGCGUUUUGAUUUAUGUAAAUAAUUUCAUGUUUAAGUUUAGUAAAAAAUGGGUAUUUGAGAAAAAUUGGCAAGAAAUGCUGUUGUAUGGUGUUUUAUAUAUUGAUAUGGCUCAUAUAGGGUAUAUGCAUUAGGGAUGCACAUUCAGUAUUUGACAUUUUUGCCAAUUUUUAUGCUAGCACUUAGACACGCAUGCCUAGCGACUUAAGAGAACACAUACUUUUUUAAUACUUUUCUACAUGCUGUAGGAUCUCCCGUAUGCAAUAGAAUCAAAUAACUUUACAGUAUAAACAUAAUAAAUUGUUUUCUAAACUUUAGGUUUUAAUUUGAAAUAAAAAAAUGGCGCUCGAGUAGAAAAAUACGAGAAGCAUUGGUCAUAUAUUUAACACAUACCAAGUUGUACAAAUGUAGGCUGCUUUCAUUUAAGGAUCAAUACAAGUAUAUAU